CCUUUCUUUCACAGAAACAAAACAAACUAGUAAGAAAAACAAUGAGGUCCCCAAUGGCCUCCGCUUCUCUCAUUCUUGCAUUAACCAUACUCUUUUUCAGUCUCCCAUCUGAAAUUUCAGCGAAAGACUAUUCUUACUCCUCACCACCACCACCAAAGUCUCCAUACCAUUACUCAUCUCCUCCACCUCCACCAGUUCACACCUACCCUCCUCAUCCACACCCAAUCUACCGCGAUCCACCACCACCGGUUCACACCUACCCUCCCCAGCAUCCAGUCUAUCACUCUCCUCCACCACCAACACCACACAAGAAGCCAUACAAGUACCCAUCUCCUCCACCACCACCAGUGCACACCUACCCUCAUCCUCACCCUGUCUACCAUUCCCCACCACCACCACACAAGAAGCCAUACAAGUACUCAUCUCCCCCACCAUCACCAGUUCACACCUACCCUCACCCACACCCAGUCUACCACUCCCCACCACCACCAACAACACCACACAAGAAGCCAUACAAGUACCCAUCACCACCACCACCACCCGUUCACACCUACCCUCCCCAUGUUCCCCACCCAGUUUACCAUUCUCCUCCUCCUCCGGUCUACUCCCCACCUCCACCACACUACUACUACAAAUCACCUCCUCCACCUUACCACCACUAGAUAUCCCAUCAUUGGCUAUAUGGAUCUAAACAAAAAGUGUGAAAGCAAAGAAAGCCGUGGACAAGAAGAUUGAGAGGAUUCUUCACAUAUAUAUUUCGUCAAGUUUGUUUAGAGUGCUUCUUCUAUUUAUUUAAUUUGUGUUUUUGUUGUAUUAACCACAGCUGUAAGGCACUGCCUCAGUAUGCAUGAAUUGUAAUUUUCAAAGCUCGUUUUGUAUCAAGCUGGCCAACAAGCCAAAUAAAUAUAUCCCCUAUUUUGCUAUUCCCUAUUAAAAGAUA